AUGGAGGUCGUCGGAGGAGAAGUUGAUUAUACUUUUGUGAUUCAAAAAUCUUUGGUUCUAUUGAUAUGCGUUGGGUUGGCAUGGAAAAUGAUUGUAUACAUGUGCAAUUUGUUAAAGAUUGAGAAAGAACCUAUAAGGGUUUUGGUCACUGGUGCAGCAGGGAACAUAGGAUAUGCAAUUGCUCCAAUGAUUGCAAGAGGUAUCAUGCUAGGUCCAGACCAACCCAUGAUUCUGCAUUUACUUGAUAUAGAACCAGCUUCAAAAUCACUAGAAGCUGUGAAGAUGGAGCUUCAAGAUUCAGCCUUCCCUCUUCUCCAAGGCGUUAUCACGACAACAAAUGUUGACGAAUCUUGUAAAGAUGUGAACAUCGCCAUAAUGAUCGGCGGGUUCGCAAGAAAAGAAGGCAUGGAAAGAAGAGACGUGAUGUCAAAAAAUGCAGUGAUAUUUAAAGCUCAAGCUUUGGCGUUAGAGCGAUAUGCAUCAGAUGAUUGCAAGGUUCUCGUUGUAGCUAACCCAGCGAACACAAAUGCUCUGAUUUUGAAAGAGUUUGCACCUUCGAUCCCGGAAGAAAACAUCACUUGCCUGACACGUCUCGAUCAUAACCGAGCUCAAGCUCGCCUUGCGGAGAAGCUAAGUGUUCCCGUGAGCAGCGUGAAGAACGUGAUCGUCUGGGGAAACCAUUCUUCAACUCAGUAUCCAGACACCAGUCACGCAAUGGUCUCUACUAAGACCGGAGAUCAACCCGUGAAAGAACUACUUGUCGCUGACCAGAAAUGGCUGAAGAACGAGUUUAUUACAGAAGUUCAGCAACGUGGUGCAGAGAUUCUAAGGGCACGGAAACAGUCGAGUGCUCUGUCUGCUGCUAGCGCAGCUUGUGACCAUAUUCAUGACUGGUUUCUUGGAACACCUAAAGGAAACUGGGUAUCUAUGGGUGUUUGUUCUGAUGGCUCUUACGGUAUACCACCCGGUUUGGUUUACUCGUUUCCGGUUAACUGUGAGAAAGGGAGUUGGAAGAUCGUACAAGGACUCAGCAUUGAUGAGUUCUCGAGGGAGAAAAUGGAUGACUCUGCAAGAGAGCUAGCUGAAGAGCAGGAUUUAGCAUAUUCAUGUCUCAAUUUAUAA